CAUCAUUUAUUAUCCGAAGAAAAACAAUUCAUCGCUUCUCAUCUCGUCUCACCGAACAAAAAAAAAAGAAAAGAAAUAAAAAUCGAUUCAAAUCGCUUUGCCUUCAAAUCUCGCCAAACAAAAUCUCAAUCACCUUCCCUCAUCAUUACACCUCUUUCCUUUUUUUUCUCACUUUCUCUGUGAUUCGCGAGAUCUCGAAGGAAUCGAAUCAUCCUUGAUUUUCGGAUACUGAAUGGUUUUCUUGUCGCUGUUUUGAAUUGUCCUGUUUUUUUAGCUCGUAGGGCUUGAGCUGUAUUAUAACGAGAAUUAGGAGAUUUUUUUUGGUUUGCUUGUUUGGUUUGUUUGGGAAAUUAGGGUAAAAAAAGAUGGACAAGUACGAGCUGGUGAAAGACAUAGGCGCGGGGAAUUUCGGAGUGGCGAGGCUAAUGAAGGUCAAAAACUCCAAGGAGCUCGUUGCCAUGAAGUACAUCGAGCGUGGUCCCAAGAUUGAUGAGAAUGUGGCAAGAGAGAUCAUAAAUCACAGAUCGCUUCGUCAUCCUAAUAUUAUCCGCUUUAAGGAGGUUGUGUUGACUCCGACUCAUCUUGCCAUUGCCAUGGAGUAUGCUGCUGGUGGUGAACUUUUCGAGCGUAUUUGUAGUGCUGGAAGAUUCAGUGAAGAUGAGGCGAGAUAUUUCUUCCAGCAGCUUAUAUCAGGUGUUAGCUAUUGCCAUGCUAUGCAAAUAUGUCAUAGAGAUCUGAAGCUGGAGAAUACACUCCUUGAUGGAAGUCCUGCUCCACGUCUCAAAAUCUGUGAUUUUGGCUAUUCCAAGUCCUCUCUACUGCACUCCAGGCCCAAAUCAACAGUUGGAACUCCAGCAUAUAUUGCACCUGAGGUCCUUUCGAGGAGAGAAUACGAUGGCAAGAUGGCUGAUGUCUGGUCUUGUGGUGUAACUCUUUAUGUCAUGCUGGUUGGAGCCUACCCAUUCGAAGACCAGGAAGACCCCAAAAACUUCAGGAAAACAAUACAAAAAAUCAUGGCUGUUCAGUACAAGAUCCCAGACUACGUCCACAUCUCACAGGAUUGCAAACAUCUCCUUUCCCGUAUUUUUGUUGCCAACUCACUCAAGAGGAUAACCAUUGCAGAAAUCAAGAAACACCCAUGGUUCCUGAAGAACUUGCCAAGAGAACUGACGGAGACAGCUCAAGCUGCAUAUUUCAGGAAAGAGAAUCCAACCUUUUCCCUCCAGACAGCUGAAGAGAUCAUGAAGAUAGUAGAUGACGCCAAAACGCCUCCCCCUGUUUCCCGUUCCAUUGGAGGUUUUGGCUGGGGAGAUGAAGAGGGGAAAGAGGAAGAGGAAGAGGAGGUGGAUGAAGAGGAAGUGGUGGAGGAAGAGGAAGACGAAGAAGAUGAGUAUGAUAAGACUGUAAAGCAAGUACACGCCAGUGGAGAAGUGAGAAUCAGUUGAUGAUUUUGUCUGUGUAAGAAAAAAAAGUUAUCGUUGGUUUUGUUGAAAGUUGAAACUAAAAAAGUCUCAGUUUUUGUGUUUGCCUUUGUUGCUACAUUCCUUGCUGCAUUGUGACUUCGAAAUAAACAUUUUGUAAAUUAUUAUUAUUAUUUUUGUUUUUUUUGAGAAGAGGAUUCGUCUAUUUAAAUUCA